CGAAGUUCGGCGUCUCUUUCGUGAACCCAGAAAGGCUAGCCGAGUAUUCCCAUGUGAGUUCUCUAGUUUUCCGUGGCGAAAGAAAGAGGGCCAGCGCGCGAUGAUGUUUUCCCUCUGCUUCGACUGUGCCACUGCGAGAAUUAUUGGGCGACCGUUUGAAUCCAACAACUGUGCACAGGUUUAUCCGCAGUUCUCAAUCAACAACCGGGACCUGCUGCCGCAGCUGUCACUCGGGCGAGGGCCCUCGUCUGUCGUGGAGUUUACACUUUUACGACGAUUCGAAAAGGAAUUGCCAGGUGGGAAUCAUCUUCGCUUAAGGCUUCCGUUAGCGCUCACUACACUGGGUGCAAGAGGUAGCCGUGCCGCUCACUGAGCUUUCGGGCAAGCAAGGUAAGCAGAUCUCUCUAAGAUGAAGACUCUUCAUUUACUUCUUUUCGCGGUGGUGGCCAUCGCGCUUUGUGGCCUGGCCACAGCGAGCCACGGCACAACGUUUCAAGACGCAGGUGCAAGAGCGGAUGCCUUUGCAGCCAGGGUGGCGGGUGCGAGGGCGGCGGUAGUUUCCGGCUUGACAAGCGAGAACGGCCUUUGGCGUCGCACUCAAGCAAGGUUAGGCUUCUGGCCCGGUUACCUCGUGGGUGCCGCUGCAGUUGCCGUGGCCUUGGUGACAGGGUAUGCACUGGGGAAGAGGAGAGAGAGGUCUAAAUGGAAGAAGGCCCUGAAGAAUCGGCUGGACUAAAGGUAGUCCGUCAAGAAAAGGAACUUGCGAGGUGAUUGAGGCAAACGGCACAGCUUGCCUCACGCUUCGCCGUGUUCCAUCUUGCUUUCAGGGUAUGUAUAGUUACGUACUUACAAGGAAAGUGUAAUUCGUUGAGAAAAGACAAAGGCCCAUUAAGUAUAGUAGUAUGCCGCGUAUAUUUUAAGAACCAGCAUUUGUGUGCAAGGUAUACAAAUAUGAUCGUAAUCGAGGUAGUCUCCGUUCAAAUGUUCGUCCCUUCUGAAUUCGCAUCCUGCUGCUACUUCUGCAACCAGAUGUUUGACGCUAGCAAACACACAGGAUGCUUCUGAACUGUAUGUAAACGCUGCAAAGUUAGUUGCCUUUCAUAAUUAUAUGUCAAUGCCAGCUGCUAAAUGGCUCCCAUGUUUAUCAAGAUAAAUCCGCUGAGCAAACCAUUUCAUUGAUUUAGCUUACUUUAGUCCCGAUACAUUUCAAUUCUGCCUAAACUGGUGGGUGGAGAUGUUUUCUAAAUCGACACCUACGGCAGGGAUAAGGAUUGUGUAAGGACGGGAAUUUCCUUCUGGAUGCAGAAGUUUCAGAUGGGGAGACUUUUCAGCACGGUGAGAAUCGUCCCUAACCUCUGUGGCGGAAGAAAGCCGCAGACUGCGUGUGAAGAUACGCCAAACAGUGCACGCUACUGUACUGUGCACAGUGUGGUAAACCACGAAUCAGUGACGUGAAUUGUUUCUGAAUGGCUGCUGAGACGAACAUCGCAAGUGUCACACUAUACAUGGCAUUUCUGAACGGAAAUGUUUCUCACAUGCAGUGCGCUACGUGACGGGUCUUCUAGUUCUCAUCGUGUGUUGAACAUGGUCCACAGUUGAUAUGAAAGAAACGUGUUUGGCCCUUUAGACUUUUCUCAUUCGCAUGAUUAGUGGAUGCAGAAGGUGUAAACUUGGUUCGAGUGCGCCGUAUUCAAUAAUAUGACGAGCAAAGGGUUGAGUGCACAGUAUAGGUCACGGUGAGGGAGCUCACCUGUCUCACCACCCACGGCUUAGAAACUCGACUGCGCCAUAACUUCGGCGUUUGCUACUCAGGUGUAUCGCCGACACGUAAAGCAGUAUCACAGUUAUCCAUGUUAAGCGUAGAAAAAGGGAGGCUGUCUUCCCCGUUUCAGUGGAUGUGCGCAAGAUGCGGCAGUCAUGCCUCAGUCCUUCUUGAGUACCCUACAGAAACGCGUGUGUUCCAGUAAGAUAACCUAUACAUGAUGAGACAGACAGGAACGUGAUGAAGUAAAGGCUUCCACUUUUUUGACGCUGUAGUUGCGAAUCUGGAGAGCUUGAACUUGCAAGAGCUGAACACGGAGCUGUACCACAAUCGUUGAGUUUUGUAACAAUGAAGCCAGGUAAACAUUGCUGUCGUUCGACACUGCAUCUGAUGCAGAUUGCUUAAGAUCACAGCAGAGCGACUGUAUAGGUUGCACACGGUGUUGGUGGUGUGUCUUCACGUUGCAGUGUUCUGAUUUUUGAUAAUGAAGGUUGUCGCAAAAGCUCGGGAUGUAACGAGGCUCUCGCGGGCCGUCGACCAUACAUUUUCGCGGGCCUGUGUUUUUGUAGGUAGCCGUGCACAUGGAACGAGCAGAUUUCUGUGAUGCGAAUGUGUAAAGAUAUUGGCAGAU